AUGUCUGAUCGCGUUAAGGGGCACACGCUCCUCAAUGCGCGUGACGAACUUUUUAACUCUCGACUCUCCCAUAGAUAUGGUGGUGACCCUCUUGCAGUUCCAGGUGGUUGUUGCAGCUUACUGAUUUUACCAGCCACUGCUUUCCCGAUAAUCACCAAAUCUUGGUUGGCUGCUUCACUGGCAAAAGGGUUUCUGAGUUGUGAUUGUUCAACUACAUAUUCAACUGCAUUUAAGAAGUUUUGCUUCAAAAGGACCCUUAUAUUUGCGGCAGCAAUGAAAGGAAAGAACAGGAGAAGUGGUGGUGCUGUUCAUAUGGAAUACCUAAUUCACAUUCAGGAGAUCAAGCCUUGGCCGCCAUCUCAAUCUCUCAGGUCUCUUCGUUCUGUAUUGAUACAAUGGGAGAAUGGCGAACGUGCUUCAGGCUCUACUGGUCGUGUUUCCCCUUCUCUCAGUCCUAAUUCUGUUGCUGGUGAAGGAAAACUCGAGUUUAAUGAAUCGUUUAAGCUUCCUGUAACUCUGUCAAGGGAUAUGUCUGUCAGAAAUAGUACUGCUGCGGUGUUCCAAAAGAAUUGCUUGGAGUUCCACUUGUAUGAGACUAGGAGAGACAAGACUGUUAAAGGGCAGUUGCUGGGGACUGCCAUCAUAGACUUGGCAGACUGUGGUGUACUUGGAGAGACCUUGAGCAUUCGAACGCCAUUGAACUGCCAGAGGAACUACAGAAACAUGGAUCAGCCACUUUUGUUCAUUCAAAUUGAGCCUGUUGAAAAGAGUCACCCUAGGUCCUCUUUGAAAGACAGCUUGUCAAAAGAGGUGCCAAAGGACAAUAAUGGCAGUGAAUCUGUAUCAGCAUUGAUGAAUGAAGAGUAUGCUGAGGAAGCUGAGAUUGCCUCUUUUACUGAUGAUGAUGUUUCCUCUCAUUCAUCUACGGCUGCAGUCACUACUUCAUCUGAGUCUAGCGCGUGUAUGCCUCCUGAACAAGAAGAGAAUGCACCAAAUGGAUCAGCACAAAACGGUGGUAGGAAUGACAAGGAGCAUCUCUUGGCCUCAGAGACAAGAGUUGAGAAGUUGAAUGUGAUGGAACAGGAUGCAUGUGAGAGACUGGAGAGGCGUUCUUCCUAUGUGUUAUCCAUGGAUGUCUCCUCAGAAGUUGGGAGUCCAGUAAAUGGUCAUACCUCUAUUACAAGCACUCCCCAUCAAAGAUCAUUGACAACCCCAAAGCAGGUUGUUUCUUUGAAUGCUGAUUCUUCUUCCCCAACCUUGGAGGAAAAUUCUAAGAGCAGGUUCAGAAGCAGUGAGCAUGAAAAUUUGGAUCAGGAGGGUUGUGAACAAGUUGCCAAUUGUAGAGAUAUGGGUACAGGUGUUCAAAUAAGCAUUAACGAAAGUGAUUGUGACAUCUAUUCUAGCGACACUACAUCUCUAGGUAGUAAUUACCUCAGGGACAAGAAUCCAAGCUUUGGUUUGGAAACCAAAGACAAAUUAAGUGAGAGAUGUGAGGAAGUUGAUAAAAAUCUUGUGCAGGAGGGGGGAUGUGAUACAUAUUACAGUUCCAUCGAGGAUAGGCAUGGAAAUGAAAUGUUGCAUUUUGAUAAGCAGUAUCAUGUAGAAGAAGAAUCAGUGGCACAAUAUGCAAAAGAUCAAGCUUUAUUGAGUAGCAAUUCGUAUUCUUUAGGUGAUUCAGAUAAUGGUAUGAAAGGAAAUAUUCUGAAAAAUGAACGAUUAAAGCAUGUGAAGUCUGUAAGGUCAUCAGCAGACUCAGUUAGGAGUAUUGGGUCAGUUGGUAACAAUCAUUUCGCUGAGGUAAAGGAAAAUGGUGUUAAUGGAGAUGUAAAAAAUAAUGGAGGGAAUAUUCGAAGCAGUGACAGAAAAGAUGCCAAGGUUUAUCCAAGGGAGGCCAGAAAUGCCAUUUUAGACAGCAAGAUUGGGCACUUGGAAAACAAGAUAAAAAUGCUUGAAGGAGAGUUAAGAGAAGCUGCUGCUAUUGAGGCUGCUUUAUAUUCAGUUGUUGCUGAGCAUGGAAGCUCCAUGAGUAAGGUUCAUGCUCCAGCUCGGCGCCUUUCCAGACUCUACCUUCAUGCUUGUAAAGAAAAUCUUCAAGCAAGAAGGGCUGGGGCUGCUAAAAGUUCUGUUUCAGGAUUAGUCCUUGUUGCGAAGGCAUGUGGAAAUGAUGUCCCAAGGUUGACAUUUUGGUUGUCUAACUCCAUUGUGUUGAGAACAAUUAUAAGCAAAACUACCAAAGAUGUGACACCAUCUAAUCCUUCUGGAUCUAGUACAAGAAGGAAUAAUGGAGAAGGGAAAGUUGGAAAGGUCACACAAUCAUUAAUAUGGAGAGGGUUUUCUCCUAGGAAAAACGAUAAUACAGCUUUUGAGUGUGGGGGUAUAGGUAACUGGGAUGACCCAAAUGUGUUCACAUCAGCAUUGGAAAAGGUGGAAGCUUGGAUCUUUUCUCGCAUUGUGGAGUCUAUUUGGUGGCAGUCUUUGACUCCGCAUAUGCAGCGUGCUGAAGCAAAGGUCACUCUUAAAGAUUCUUUGAAAAACCAUAAAAAUAUGUCCGGCUCAUCAUGUGACCAAGAGCAGGGAAAUUUAUCGCUGGAUAUUUGGAAGAAUGCUUUUAGAGAAGCCUGUGAAAGACUGUGUCCUAUCCGAGCUGGAGGGCAUGAGUGUGGUUGUUUGUCUGUGCUGCCUAGAUUGAUAAUGGAGCAGUGUGUGGCAAGAUUGGAUGUUGCUAUGUUUAAUGCCAUUCUUCGGGAAUCUGAUGAUGAUAUUCCAACUGAUCCUGUGUCUGAUCCCAUUAGUGAUCCCAAGGUUCUCCCCAUUCCACCUGGUAAAUCAAGCUUUGGAGCUGGUGCACAGCUAAAAACUGCGAUUGGUAACUGGUCUAGAUGGCUGACCGACCUAUUUGGUCUGGAUGAUGAUGAUUCACUUGAGGAUAGAGAGGAAGAUGAACUUGACAGCAAUGAUGGAAGUCAAAAUGCAUCCUUCAAAUCCUUCCAUCUUCUUAAUGCAUUAAGCGACCUCCUGAUGCUUCCUAAGGAUAUGUUGUUAAGUGCAUCCAUCAGGAAAGAGGUGUGCCCCAUGUUUAGUGCAUCACUAAUCAAGAGGAUACUGGAAAAUUUUGUACCAGAUGAGUUUUGCCCUGAUCCAAUUCCCAAUGAUGUUUUUGAAGCACUGGACUCACAGGAUGAUCAUGAUGAUGGAAAUGAGUCUAUCGACAAUUUCCCAUGCAAUGCAGCUCCGAUAGUGUAUUCACCUCCACCAGCAACUACCAUUACAAGCAUUACGGGGGAGAUUGGAAGUGAAUCUCAGCUAAGAAGAAGCAAAUCUUCCGUUGUUAGGAAGUCAUACACCAGUGAUGAUGAGCUCGAUGAGUUAAACUAUCCAUUAUCUUUAAUAUUGAAUAGUGGCUCCUCCUCACCAGCAUCAACAAAGUCCAAUUGGAACUGGAAAGAGAGUCGCGAUGAAUCUGCCAUCAGAUACGAACUCCUCAGGGAUGUUUGGAUGAACAGUGAAUGA